AUGAAGAUCGAUAGCGAGCAACGUAUCAAGAUGGCUCAGGCACGACGACGAUUACCACCGUUACCUGAACACCAAGACCGAUCCAACAUUGACUUUGAAGAUCCUGCCUCUUAUCGUCCACUUGCUAUGGGUGCUCAUGCUGCUCUCUUAUGGCCACACGCUAUCAUGCAGGGGUGGAUGACUAAACACAUGCCACCCGCCUUUUCCUUUAUGAAAACACGGCAUCGUCGAUACGUCUUGCUGCUUGAUCGAAUGCUUUACACAUUCAAAACGGAUAAAUGUGACAAUGACUUUCGAGAGUUUUUUGAACUAUCUCCUCAUACCAACGUCUUUGUCACUGACCAAUUCCCAUCCAUUCUUUAUUGCAUCGAAAUACAACGCAAGGAAGAUGGCAGGACAUGGUAUCUCGAAGCCGACAACACCGAUGAUCUCAAGCUGUGGCUCGAUAGAUUAAAGAAAACAAUCCACUGGUUAAAACAAAAACAACCAGGUGUUAUCACCUUACAACGGCUUAUGGAGCAUCAUCAUCCAAAUUUACCAUCAUCACCUUCCUCGUCAUCGACACAUUCCUCUGCAGCAAGUCGUCGGCCAUCACGAUUACCAGAUGUUCUUCCACCUCAAUUACCACCUCCCACUUCACGGCCACCGCCACCUCCCAUCAUGUAA